GGCUCAUUCUGAAUUUUGUCAUUGUUGCAUCACAAUAAAAACCAAGAUUUGAUAAUUACUUCGGAAAUCAAAAUUAUUAAAGUUAUCGAAUCGAAUAAAUUCCACAGAAAAAACCACCAAAAAAAUGCCUCGACCAAUCACAGCACAAACAAGGAAUGAACAGCUUUUGAUGGAAAAAUCAGCACGGCAAUUAGCCAUAACGAAGGAUCCCGUUGAAAAAAUUCGAUUAUUAUGUCUACAACGAGGUACUGUCGGUAUUCUGGCAUUGGGAAAACAAUUCCGUAUCAUGGAUGAUAAUCGAAGCGGUGAUCUAACAUAUCAAGAAUUUCGUAACGGUAUCGAGCAAUUGGGGUAUACUGCAUCAGAAGAAGAAUACAAAAAUGUUUUCGAAAUUUUUGAUCAAGAUGGAUCAGGCACUAUUAAAUAUGAUGAAUUUCUUAAGGCUAUUCGACCACCGAUGAAUAAGAUGCGUAUAUCAUUGGUGGAAAAAGCAUUCGCAAAAAUGGAUAAAACUGGUGAUGGUAUUAUUACCGUACAGGAUCUACAAGGUGUCUAUAAUAUUAAAUCACAUCCAGAAUAUUUAAAUGGAAAUAAAACAGAACAGGAAUUGUUGGAAGAUUUUAUCAAAAAAUUUGAAAAAAAUGGCUCGGUUGAUGGUCAGCUUACCAAAGAAGAAUUUCUGGAUUAUUAUUCUGGCGUAAGUGCUUCAAUAGACGACGACAUGUAUUUUGAUUUGAUGAUGCGACAAGCUUGGAAAUUAUAAACUUGUGUCUAACCGAACGACAAAAACAAUUCAAAUUUCAGCUUCAUUUCACUUCAAGUUUUUAUGGCUGUUGUCCAUUAUUAGCUGGGCUAUAAUUCUUUUUAUUUCAUUCAU